AUGGCCAUGCAGGUCGAUCUUUCCAACGCGCAGGUGAUGAAAGAUGAGGCGGGCAGGCCGUUUAUCAUUGUCCGAGACCAAGGCAAGAAGCAGAGACAGCACGGAAACGAAGCUGUCAAGUCCCACAUCCUAGCGGCAAAGACGGUCGCCAACAUUGUCAAGAGCUCUCUGGGACCGCGAGGACUGGACAAGAUCCUCAUCUCCCCCGACGGAGACAUUACCGUCACCAACGAUGGCGCCACGAUUCUCUCCCAGAUGGAAAUCUCCAACCACGUCGCGAAGCUACUAGUUGAACUGUCAAAGUCCCAGGACGACGAAAUUGGUGACGGAACAACGGGUGUCGUAGUAUUGGCCGGAGCUCUCCUCGAACAAGCCGCCGAUUUGAUUGACAAGGGCAUCCACCCAAUUCGGAUAGCAGACGGAUACGACCAGGCUUGUGAGGUCGCCGUGGCCAAGCUGGACGAAGUCAGCGACGAGAUCAACUUCUCGAGGGAAAACACAGAAGAGCUGUUCAAGGUUGCAAAGACCAGUUUGGGCAGCAAGAUUGUCUCAAAAGCGCAUGACCAGUUCGCCAACAUUGCCGUAGACGCUGUGCUAUCGGUAGCAGAUCUGGAACGAAAAGAUGUCGACUUUGAGCUCAUCAAGGUCGAUGGCAAGGUUGGUGGAUCACUGGAAGAUACACUACUUGUCAAGGGUGUCAUAAUAGACAAGGACUUUUCCCACCCCCAGAUGCCUUCCGAGGUCAAGGACGCCAAACUCGCCAUCUUGACAUGCGCAUUCGAGCCCCCGAAGCCCAAGACCAAGCACAAGCUCGACAUUACCAGCGUGGACGAGUUCAAGAAGCUGCAAAACUAUGAAUCGAGCAAGUUCACCGAGAUGAUUGAGCAGAUCAAGAAUACCGGCGCCAACGUAGUAAUAUGUCAAUGGGGUUUCGACGACGAGGCCAACCACCUUCUUCUCACAAACCAACUGCCUGCUGUACGGUGGGUAGGAGGCCCCGAGAUUGAGUUGAUUGCCAUUGCGACCAACGGCCGCAUUGUACCAAGAUUUGAAGACCUCAGCGCGGAAAAGCUUGGAAAGGCAGGCAUUGUCCGUGAGCUGACAUUCGGAACUACAAGAGACAAGAUGCUGGUCAUCGAGGAAUGUGCAAACACAAGAGCCGUCACAGUCUUUGUCCGCGGAAGCAACAAGAUGCUUAUCGACGAGGCUAAGCGAUCACUGCACGAUGCUCUUUGCGUCGUUCGCAACCUGGUGCGAGAUAACCGCAUUGUGUACGGUGGAGGUGCGGCUGAAAUAGCAUGCUCGCUUGCCGUCGAAGAUGCGGCAGUCAAGAGCCCCGGCCUGGAGCAAUACGCGAUGCGUGCUUUUGCUGACGCCCUAGACUCGGUACCCAUGGCGUUGGCUGAGAACUCUGGUCUGAGCCCAAUCGAAACCCUUGCCAAUAUCAAGUCCCGACAGGCCAAGGAGAAGAACUACCGGUUAGGUGUUGACUGCAUGCAGACGGGUUCCAAUGAUAUGAAGGAGCAUUUUGUCAUUGAUCCUCUGAUCUCGAAGCGACAACAGCUGCUGCUCGCUACACAAUUGUGCCGUAUGGUACUCAAGGUCAACAAUGUGAUUAUUGCCGGAAGCGGAGAGCAGGAUUUCUAA